AUGAGAAACUGGGGCCGAACUGGGUAUCGGCAAGAGUUGAAGAGGUCCUUCGGCCUCAUUGGCAUGGUCGGCUUCUCUUUCUCAAUCGUAACGUGUUGGUCAGCAUUAUCCGGCGUCCUCAUCAUCGGCGUUGAGUCUGGAGGCCCGCCAGUGAUGAUCUGGUCAUGGCUCGGAAUCUGCAUCGCAUCUUUGGCAGUCGCAUAUAGCAUGGCGGAGAUGUGUAGUGCCUAUCCCCUGGCAGGUGGACAAUAUAGCUGGGUCGCUGCCCUAGCUCCAAGGAAGAUGGCGCGAGGCUUUUCGUAUGUGUGUGGAUGGUUCAUGCUCAUCGGAAUCCUUGCUAUGGGCGCGACGAACAACUUCAUCGUAUCGAACUUUAUCCUGGGAGUCUCCAAUCUGAACAAUCCAGGCUACACCAUUCAGAGAUGGCACACAGUCUUGGUCACAUAUGCAGCCGGCAUCUUCUCAGCGUGCUUCAACAUCUUUGGACCAAGUCUUCUCGAGAAAGCAAGCCGAGCGUUGCUCAUCUGGAAUGUCUGCGCCUUUCUGAUCAUCGUCAUCACUAUCCUGGCUGUCAAUGACCACAAACAGUCAGCAGCAGUCGUCUUCAAGGACUUCGUCAAUGAGACAGGCUUCAACAGGCCAUACUGCGCCGUAAUAGGCCUGCUUCAAUCGGCGUUUGGCAUGUGUUGCUACGACGCUCCUGCUCACAUGACGGAAGAGAUACACAAUGCAAGGAAGCAGGCACUAGGCGCCAUCAUCCUUUCCGUUUACGUCGGUGCUGUGACAGGCUUCAUCUUCCUUAUCGCAGCAUAUUACUGCAUAGGCUCGAUCGAUGACACGGCCAUGUCUUCGACCGGAGUUCCGAUCAUUGAAAUCUUCUACAAUAGCACAUCCUCUAGAGCUGGCGCAAGCUGUCUGACUGUCUUGCUCAUCGUCAUCGGAAUUGGCGCCAGCAAUGCUUUAACGGCCGAAGGUGGACUCGAGCCGAAGAAGCAGAUCCCGAUUGCUGCAUUGUGCUUGACUGUGCUGGUCCAAGUGGCCCUAGACAGUAUCUACUUCGGCACAGUAACUGGCUUCAACACGGUCGUGAGUAUUGCAACGCAAGGAUUCUGCCUGUACUCCCUGGGAGCCUUCAGUGUCCCGCUGAAUGUCAUAGGCUUGGUCUUUUUGCUGUUCACGACAAUAACCUUCAACUUUCCAUCCAUGUACCCUGUGAGCAGCGAGAGCAUGAAUUAUACUUCGGCCGCAGUCGGUAUCAUCAUGGCGGUAGCGCUGUUGACUUGGGUGACAAGUGGUCACAGGAGGGUACCGCAAUGGGAGGUUGUGGUCAGCGAAGAAAGUGUGGAUGAGGACAUGAUGCGUACAAAGGCAGGCCAGUCUUGA